AUGGGGCAAAAACAUGGCGUUGAAUCUAGUGGCCAAUUAAGCCAAGGAGAGAUCGUGUCCGGGACUUCACCGUUCGAUGACUUGCCGGAGGAUUGCAUUUCUAACAUAAUCUCCUUGACAAGUCCACGAGACGCAUGCGUCGCUGCUUCGGUUUCCAAAACAUUUGAAUCGGCGGUCAAGUCCGAUACCGUAUGGAAGAAGUUUCUUCCACCGGAUUACUAUUCCUCUCUGGUUCCUCAGUUGCGUGAUCUCUCAUCGAAGAAGGAUCUCUAUUUCGCAUUAUGCGACAAUCCUGUUCUCUUCGACCAUGGCAAAAAGAGUUUCUGGUUAGAGAAAGCGAGUGGGAAAAGGUGUAUCAUGUUAUCUCCAACGCAACUUGCCAUCACAUAUGUAUAUGAUCCUCGGUUUUGCCAGUGGAUAUCAACUCCUGAAUCUAGGUUUUUCAAAGUACCAGAGCUUCUCAUCGAAUGCUCUUUUGAUAUCCGCGGCGGGAUGCAUACUCAUUACCUAUCUCCUAAAACUCUUUACUCGGCUUACAUUGUGUUCAAGACUAAGAAUGGAUGUCCUGGCCGGCUCUGUGUGCCAGUAAGGGUUGAAGUUGGAUUGGUUGGAGUGAUUGGACAAAGCUCUCCUCGAAGUUUUAUAUACUUUGUCGGGCCUAGUGGUCAAAGGAGAGACAGAGAAGUGAGAGACGUGACAAAACCAAAGGAGAGGGUAGAUGGGUGGAUGGAAGCUAAGCUUGGUGAAGUCUUCAAUGAAUCAAGUUGUGAUGAUAUUUUCUAA